AGUAACCCCCCUCUCUCCCAGUCUUCGUCACGCUCACCUGUGCGUUUCGGUACGGACGGGAGGACCUGGAUGUUCUGGGGCUCUCGUUCCGGAAGGAUCUCUGACAUCUCCACAUUCCAGGCCUUCCCUCCACUCCCCGAUGAGAAGAAACCGCUGAGCCGCCUGCAGGAGAGACUGCUCAAGAAACUGGGAGAGCAGGCCUACCCCUUCUACUUCAUGAUUCCUCAGAACCUGCCCUGCUCCGUCACCUUACAGCCAGGACCAGAGGACACCGGCAAGGCCUGUGGAGUGGAUUUUGAGAUUCGGGCAUUUUGUGCCAAAGCCGUCGAUGAGAAGAUUCACAAAAGGAACUCGGUCCGGCUGGUGAUCCGGAAGGUCCAGUACGCCCCUGAGAAGCCCGGUCCGCAGCCCAUGAUGGAGACGACCCGCAGCUUCCUCAUGUCAGACCGGUCCCUGCACCUCGAGGCCUCGCUGGACAAGGAGCUGUACUACCACGGAGAGCCGAUCAGCGUCAAUGUCCACGUCACGAACAUCACCAAAACAGUGAAGAAGGUGAAAAUCUCUGUUCGACAGUAUGCAGAUAUCUGUCUGUUCAGCACUGCCCAGUACAAGUGUCCUGUAGCCCAGACAGAGGCAGAUGACCAGCUCGCUCCCAGCUCCACGUUCUGUAAGGUGUACACCCUCACACCCACACUGAACAACAACCGUGAGAAGAGGGGGCUGGCUCUCGACGGCAAGCUGAAGCACGAGGACACCAACCUGGCCUCCAGCACCAAAGUGAAGGAAGUUGCUAACAAGGAGAUCCUGGGGAUCCUCGUCUCCUACCGGGUCAAAGUGAAGCUGGUGGUGUCCCGCGGAGGGGAUGCGUCCGUAGAGCUCCCCUUCAUCCUCAUGCACCCCAAACCUCCGACCAGCCCCCCUCCUGCCCACAGUCAGCGGUUCCAGAGUCAGACGCUCCGAUCGACACAAACCUGAUAGAGUUCGAGGACAAAGUCAGUGUGUGUGUCUGUGUGUCUCUCUGUCUGUGUGUCUGUGUGUCUCUCUGUCUGUGUGUCUGUGUGUCUCUCUGUCUGUGUGUCUGUGUGUCU